CCUGAGGUGACCCAUGGGCGUUAGAUUAGGUCACUUACGAUUGGGCUGGCCACCAGACGAUACUGGACUUUCCAACUAUGAGCAUCUUUUUGAGAAGCUCAUCGUUACGCCAAGUGGCUCCAACCCAUUCACGUCUGUUUGCAUCUACUGCUGGGUCGCCACGCCGGACGUCCCAGUUGAAAGCAAUGCUGCAGUCCAAAGACCUCUCCUUUCUAAUGGAGGCCCACAACGGGCUGAGCGCAAAAAUCGUGGCCGAGGCCGGUUUCAAAGGCGUGUGGGCGAGCGGCCUGAGCAUCUCUGCGCAACUGGGCGUCCGGGACAGCAACGAGGCGUCGUGGACGCAGGUGCUGGACGUGGUCGAGUUCAUGGCCGACGCCACGUCGCUGCCGAUUUUGCUGGACGCCGACACGGGCUACGGCAAUUUCAACAACGCGCGCCGACUGGUGCGCAAGUUGGAGCAACGAGGGGUGGCUGGUUGCUGUAUCGAGGACAAACUUUUCCCCAAAACCAACUCGUUGCUGGACGACCGAGCACAGCCCUUGGCUGAUAUCAGAGAAUUUGCGCUCAAAAUCCAGGCAUGUAAAGAUCAUCAAACUGAUCCUGAUUUUUGCGUGGUGGCAAGAAUGGAAGCCUUUAUCGCCGGUUGGGGUCUGGAACAGGCCCUUCGGAGGGCAGAAUUUUGUGUCACAGCAGGCGCUGACGCCAUUCUAGUGCACAGCAAAAGGAGCGAUCUGGCCGAUAUUGAGGCGUUUAUGAGGCAUUGGAACAAUAAAGCACCAGUGGUUAUUGUCCCUACCAAGUACUACAAAGUGCCGACUGAGAAAUUCAAGCACGUUGGAGUGUCCACUGUGAUUUGGGCCAACCACAACAUGCGAGCGGCGACGAGAGCAAUGCAGGAGACAAGUGCCAAAAUAUUUGAGCAACAGUCACUUAUUAAUGUUGAGAAUGAAGUUGUUCCAGUAAAAGAAGUUUUCCGACUGCAAGGCGACGAAGAGCUCAAAGAGGCUGAAGAGAGAUACUUGCCUAAGGUUGAAAUCAAGGAAGAAAAAUUAGUUUAAUAAAUUUAAAGCUUUUUAU